AUGUCAUCCGGGGGUCCACCUAAUCCUGGCAAGGGGAAAGAGGUAGCAAAACCAAAAAGGGCACCAAAAAGGCCACGCUACCUAAUAAAAGUUCCUCCUGCAAGACCAUCCACAUCUAGUCCAUCCACUCUUGCUAACACACAUAGUGCAGCCUUACAGUCAACCUCUGUAGGUCUUGCACCCAUACCAUUACCUUCCCCAUCCGUUCCUGCAGUUGAACCCACACCACCUCCUAUUAUGGUACCCAUACCACCUCUUGUAAUGGUACCCACACCACCUGUUGUUAUGGUACCCACAGCACCUCCUCUUAUGGUACCCACACCACGCCCUCCUUUGGUACCUACACCACGCCCUCCUGUGGUACCCACACCACCUCCUGUGACGGUGCCAAUGCCACCCCUUUUUGUGCUAUCACAACCUUCUUCUUCACCAUCUACUGCUGUUGCUGCCAUACCUUCUCCAUCAUCAGUCCCUUCACCUAGUGAUCCUGCCUCUUCUGGUCCCACUGAUGCAGAUGCUGCUUUUGUUGACCCUCCUCCCAAUGAACGACCCACGAUUGAACCUUAUGGGAAAGGGUUUUAUCCUUCUAGAGUUGCUUCCCAGGCCAUCACAAGGUCUAUUAAACAACAAUAUUUGACUGCUUGGUCGACAUGGGGAGCAAUACCUCCAGCAGAUAGAGAUGUAUUUUGGCAACGCUUUAAGAGGAAGGUUCAGUGGAGACCUGAACAUGAAGCUCAAAUUCACACAAAUUUUAACUCUAGAGCUUCACAUAGGCUCUCGGAGAUGUUUAGAGAGGCCAGAAUUGCAGGACAACGACCUUAUUGGCUUGGGGAUGAUGUGUGGAAUCAAUUGCUGACACAUUGGAAUUCUCCAGCCUAUCGCAAUAAAUGUAUUACAGCCCAAAGGAACAGAGCUUCCCCCAAGGGUGGGAGCCUACACACAGGCAGUUCCAUUACUACUCAUGAGCAUGCCAUUCAUAUGGCACAAGAGCUUGGCCGAUAUGUGCACAUUGAUGAGGUUUUUCAACAAACCCAUAUCCGUAAAGGAUCCAGCGAGUAUGUUGAUGAAAGAUCUCGGAGGACCCAUGAAGAAUUUGAAAAUAGACUUUCACAGGUAAGAUCUGAGCAAGGCUCUUGUGUUAGUCCAUCAAAUCCUAAUGUUGAUCCUACAACAGAAGACACAAUUAGGACUCAGUGUUGGGUUGAGGUUGUUGGUGGAAAGAAUAAAGGAAGAGUAUAUGGGGCAGGCCAACUUGCUGCAAACUCAGGUGCAAGCGGUAGCCUCAGGCGCCAACCGUCUUCUUCGUCUUCCAGUGCUGAGGACGUUACGUACCUCAGACAAAGACUAGAAGCCCGUGAUCAGGCUUAUGAGGAAUUAAAAGGCCAAUUUCAAAACUUACACAAUCUGGUCUUGACAUUGCUGCCUCCUGACCAUCGUGCCCUUCAACAACCUCAAUCCAACAUAACACCGUCUCAACAGCAACCCGAAGCAGUCCAACCCAGCACAGUCCAGCCUACAGCAGUCCAGCCCGCACCAGUCCAGUCCACACCAGUCCAACCCGCACCAGUCCAGCCCGCAACAAAUCCUGAGGACUCUGAUUUGGAUGACUACUUAGACUAUUAG